UUCUUCUCGUUCUUGGGGAGUCGAACGGUCAGAGUCACCGGAGAUCGAUCAUGGCUCGCCGUCGCCGUCACCACCGUCGCGGCCACGGUCGCCGGAGAGUAGAAGACGAAGGUGCCGAGCAGGAGGCGACUCCUGCCACUCCACCGAGCUGUCCUCAUUUCUUCAAGAUCAUACUCUCUCAAACGCUGGAAUCUGGAAAGCUCGGAAUCCCAAAAAGAUUCUUGAGAAGACAUGGAAAGGAUCUCUUGGGUUUGGUGUUUCUCAAGGUUGAAGGCGGUUUAACCUGGCCUGUGAAACUAGAGAAGAGUGAGGAUGGCAUGGUUUGGUUGUGGAAAGGGUGGCGAAAGUUCAUGGAGCAUUACUCCAUCGGUCUUGGUCACCUCCUAGUCUUCAGAUAUGAAGGGACUCCGUUUUCCGUGUGA